UAUUCCAAUACAUCACGUCUCUAUUUCUGUGGCUUUCCUCUCUACACAUCUCUACAUUCCGCCUUCGUCUCUGUUUCACGAUGCCGUAUUUAUACUUCCUUUUUCACCGGCCGGCCACUUCCUCCAUGAGCGAGGAGCCUUCCACAUUUUCUCCUCAUCCAUGGCUUCUUCAAUCCAAUCAGCAAAUUUGCUCAUCAAAUUCCUAACAACCCUCCUCCUCGCUCCUUUAAAUUUCAUCGUCUUCUUCUUUCUCGACUUUCUCGACGCUAUUCUCUGCGUAAUCUACAGGUAUCUUGAUCAGUUUCUGGAAGGGAAGGUCACUGCGUCUGCGUGUUACUGUGGAAGCAGGGGAGACGAGAGGGAGAAUCCUGACGCCGAGAAUGAGCUCUCCGAGACGCUUUAUGGAAGGAGAAACGUUUUCCGGAGGAUUGCUUUGAUUGGAUUUUCUCGAAGAUGUGAGGAUUCUGAGAAGAUGAGUGGUGGUUCGAUGUGGAAUAGAUGGUCUGAUUGUGGGUGUUCGUCAUGUGUUGAUGGGAUGGAGAAUGGGAACCAGAAGCUUUAUGUUGAUGUUCGUCAGCCUCCGCAGGGUAGAAGAGAGAAGCCCGAAGAGAAUGUUAUAUUCCUGCAUGGAUUUCUUUCAUCUUCCUCACUUUGGACGGAAACAGUAUUUCCCAAUCUAUCUGAGACAACAAAACAAAAUUACAGACUAUUUGCUGUUGACCUCUUGGGAUUUGGAAGAAGCCCAAAACCAAGGGAUUCUUUUUACACUAUGAAGGAUCAUUUAGAAAAGAUCGAGGAGUCUGUUAUUCAUCAAUUUGGCUUGAAAUCCUUCCAUUUGGUUGCACAUUCCAUGGGGUGUCUAAUUGCUCUAGCCUUAGCUGCCAAGUACUCCAAAUCUGUCAAGACAAUUACCCUUGUUGCACCUCCUUACUUUCCUUCGAAGGAUGGGGCAGCUAUGACAGUGCUUGAAAACCUGGCUGCAAAGAGGGUAUGGCCGCCACUGUUGUUUGGCUCUUCAGUAAUGUCCUGGUACGAGCAUGUGGGUCGAUGUGCUUGUUUUUUCAUUUGCCGAAACCACAGAAUAUGGGAGUGGAUUCUAAGGCGAAUCAAUCCUAAAAGGAAUAUCGACUUCAGGGUGAUCGAUUUAACGAAGCACACUCAUCAUUCAGCUUGGCAUAGCAUGCAUAAUGUGAUCUGUGGGGGAGCAAAGCUGAUGGAUGGCUACCUGGAUGAACUGACCAAAGCUGGAAUCAAGAUUGACAUCUAUCAUGGCAACCGGGACGUGGUAGCUCCGAUCGAAUGCAGUUACAACCUGAAGAAGAAGGCUGUGGAUGCAACUGUUAACAUGGUGAUAAAUGCUAAUCAUCAAACCAUAAUUCUGGGUAGGGAAAGGGAGUUCACAGAAGAUCUUGAGUCUAUAUGGUCCAACACUGCCGAUCUUGAGAGAGCUUAAAAUUAUUGUUUUACAACACAAUGGUGGAGUAGUCCAUUUUCAGAAGAGUAAAAAAGUAGGGGAAUGUGAAGUUGAAAAGACUUUUGUAGAGAAUAAAUCAUUGUUUGAAAAUUCAACGAAAUUUGCCUUUAGUUUGUA